AUAAAAUCAACUGUCGUUGUGCUUCUAGACUUACUUCGUAUCUCAUCUCGCACUAGCCGUGGAAAAUGUUGAAACAUAUUCUAUGUGCACUUGUUUUAACCAAUAUUAUAUUUUCAAAAUGUAAAGGUACUAGUGUGGAAACUGACAUAUUUUCUAUCAGAUAUAACGGUGCUCCUGAAAAUGCCAACCUUGAAAUACUCCAUCGUCUGAAAACAUUGGAGAACCUCCGCGAAAAUGAUGCUAAAGAAUCUAUCGUAAUGAAGGAAACAAUGGAAAGUUAUCAUGAUAUUUUAGGAAAAGCUCUAAAUGACAUAACAACAUUAAAGCAAGAAUUCGGAAAACUCCAACAGGACAGUAACCGUCUCCAUUCAAAACUCCAACAGGACAAUAACCGUCUUCAUUCAAGACUAGAAACGGUGAUGCUACAAAACGACGCGCUAUCUACACAGUGUAAAAAGCGAUGUAGCGUUGCAGAAAAACUCGGCCACUCCCGUGAACCUACCAAUACUUUUAGUCUGGAUAGGGCUCCCGAUACUAGGAAUAUUACUUCCACGCAUGAUUCCGAACCCGCGGAACCUCGAACACUUACACAGGACACCGUCGAUGCCAAAUUGACCAAUCCACCGAAUUCAAAACGAAAAGUAAUAAUUCGCCGAUCGCCGGUGCCAUUUCCGAGAACUCAGGAAGUGGCAGAAGGUGGACAAGGAUCUGGAUUCUUCGCUAGAAGUAGCAUCACAGCCUACUCUGUUGCCAUUGGCCAUACCAUCAUAUUUGACAGCGUUAUCACAAAUACUCACAACGACUUUAGUGGGUACACGGGGGCUUUCACGUGCAGUACCCCAGGGCUUUAUGUGUUUAUUUGGACAAUACAGAUCAACAUACAUUACUUACAAUCACAACUGCUGAAAAACGGAGCACCGGUUGCAGAUGGAUAUGCAGGAGAUGACAGAUACUACAAGACCACUGGGACAAGCACGGCAGUCCUAUCGCUUGCCCAAGGUGACGUUAUCGUGGUUCAUGUCUCUGGUCGAGCCACUGCGGAUCCCGUUCACGUAUUACCGCAUGUCACGUCCUUCAGUGGAUUUUUGGUCUAAUGAAUAGGUUGUAAAUCAAUAUAGGUCAAAACCUGUGGAACCACUAUUUUAGAAACAACUUUCUAAUAAAAAAUCAAAUGGCACCACAAUGAUGAGCCGUUUGAAUAAAAAAAACUGGAACUUGUUUAUCAAAAAGUUGUGGGCAUCCAUCUUCAUUCACUGUGUAUUGCUAAUCACUGAUAUUGCUUGGUAAGUUGUCAACCAUGCAUCUUAUCAGAAUCUGUUCGGAUCAAUUUGAUUAAAGUCACCGACCUCAGCGGUACUGCAUGCUAACGUAAAGACAUGAACCUUUACACCAGCAUAUGUUAAUUUUCUAUCUAUAAAUACAAAAAUAAAGUAAACAGUUAAUUCA